CGGCCUGGUCUCGAGGCUAACUGUACUUCUGCUCGCUUUGGCAUUCUUGAGCGUUUAUCUGUCUUGUAUUACGUCUCCUGUUAGUCUAUGAGUCGUAGUAGUUUAAAAAUAUCGUUGCUACACCUGCUAUAUUAAAACAGAAGUCAAAAAAACAAGGAAAGUGCAGCAACAACUGGAACUUCUUGACUAAUCUUAGUUUCUGCCUUAUUACUUCGAGUAUGACUAUGCUACUCACUUUCUAGUGUCACUGAGUAUUGUUAGCAUCAUUUUCUACUAGUAUAAAAGGCUGUGAUCGUUUGCAGCCUUUUGGCUUAGCUAGGAUAGCUACUUUCUCUCACUUUCUCUAAGUUUCCACGGAAUUGGAGGUUACAAAGAAAAUUACAAGAUUAAUUAACAAUCAUGACCAACCUCCUUUGGGUGUGGUAAAUGCAAAGAAAAGUGGGUGUAUCUCAGUAUUAGACACCCACUUUUCUUUGCAAGUCAUCAAAAACAACACCCAAUAUUUCAGAGAGCUAGCUAGCUAGCGGCAAGGCACAGAUUUGAAAUGGCUACUAAAGAGCAGAACCAAGAGCUCACAAUUGACAAUCUGAAAACAGAAAUGAAACUGACUGAUGAGCAGCUCAAUACAGCAAUACAAGAACCAGAUCUACCUGAGUUAGCAGCAUGUUUCGACAAUGUUCACAAAGGCUAUCUUGAAAAACUGGAGCUCUUACCUGGAGAACAAACUGAUGUUAGGACUAGAGCAUAUGUAGAUGGCACUCUGGCAGGAAUGUUGCUGGCUUUGAAAUUCUGGAUACUGACCAACGGACUAGACGCCACUUUCCAAGCUCUGCUACUCACCAUACUCUCCCUGCUCAAAAGAGACGUUGCUAUUCGAGUGUGCAAGUACUUGCAAUUGUCUGACAAAUACUCCACCACCUCGUGUCCUCUCUCCCGAGAGAGGGUCCUGCUGAACCACAAGCUGUCCUCGUACAGGGACUACCUACAAAGUCGCUACAAAACACAAGUAUCCACAUCAGCCACACAAUGGCCUCCCGUCCCAACAAAGAAAAUUUUCAAACUAGCCAUGAUUCAGAGGGAAGAAAUACAGAGAGGAAGAAUCGACGAUGAAUUUGUUAGACUAACAAUUACCGGGAAAAUUGAUGAUAUUUUACUUAAAAAAACUCCGGUUAACUUGACUAACAUUUUCUCUGAGAUUGAGGAUACACGAAACUUUGUGUUGAUUGAAGGAGCUCCCGGCUCUGGCAAGAGCACCCUUGCUCUGCACAUCUGUCGGGAGUGGGCAAAGGGGAAACUUUUCCAAGAGUUCGAUAUUGCAAUCCUCGUGAGACUGAGAGAUCCACUUGUUAGAGAAGCAAAGACAAUUACUGACAUACUUCCCUGCAUCGAUAUGGCCAUGGCUAAUGAGACAGAGGCAGUAAUAAAAUCAUUGUAUGGCAAAGGUGUACUGUGGGUGCUGGAUGGAUGGGACGAGCUUCCUUCUGACCUCCCUAGAUACUCCAUUAUCAACAAACUAAUUCGACCAGAUAUGUCACAAGAAAGUCCACUACAUGAAUCAGCUGUGAUUUUAACAUCUCGACCGUCAUCUUCGGCUGAGCUCCACCCACUAGUCUCGUCCAGGGUGGAGGUAUUGGGGUUCACUUCACAUGAACUAGAACAGUACUUCACCAAGUGUCUGCAAGGUGACUCACAAGCUGUGCAGACUCUACUGGAGAGAAUUCGAGAGAACCCAGUGGUAGAAGGUAGCUGCUACCUCCCCCUCAAUGCUUCCAUUGUCGUUAAUUGCUUCCUUUCUGAUAACCACUCACUCCCAACAUCCAACCACGGGAUAUUCACAUCAGUUGUCCAGAGCUCUCUCAAGAGAUACCUCCAGGAUAGGUUGGGGAAGACCACUCCAGUGGGAGACAUCACAUCCCCAGACUCACUGCCCCCAGAAAUCAGAACACAGUCCGUACAAAUUUGUCAACUUGCAUAUCAUGGGAUUGAAAAAAACAAAAUAACAUUUACUGACAGGGAUUUGGCUGCUCUUCGCAUUACGAAGGAAAUUUCAAACGUUGGAUUAUUACAAACUGUUCCUAGUAUCAUUAACGAUUGUCAUCUGGUUUACUACUGCUUUCUUCACCUGUCUAUUCAAGAGCUACUAGCAGCAAUCCACAUCUCUCUCAUGUCUCCCAAGCAACAAAUCUCUGUCUUCCAGAAGCUGUUUUGUAAUUCUCGGUUCAAUGCAGUCUUCCAGUUUUAUGCUGGUAUCACCAAACUAAGAACUAGUAGACCAAUCCUCAGUUUGCUACCUCAAUUCUUGUGUCCAGUUCCAGCUACUGUUUUUGAUCUGGUCAGAAAAGUUGUUAAAAAUGAGAAAGAGAAAGAGUAUGAGUCGAAGAUCCUUUUGUUGUCCCUCAUCAAUUGUUUGUACGAAGCUGAAGACUCAUCACUGUGUGUGUUUGUGGCUAAUCUUCUUAAUCACAAUCUAGAUCUUUAUUUCACUACAAUGAAUCCUAUUGACUGCCUUUCUGUUGGAUAUUUCGUAUCAGUUUGUUCCAACACCAGUAAUGGAUUCACACUGAACCUCACCAGUUGCUCUAUUGGUGACCAAGGCUGCAAAUUUCUGGCCCGAGGACUCUCCAAGUGUUCACACUCACACUCCGAGAUUAAUUUUGACCUUAGCAAUAAUGAUAUUCAUGAAGAAGGGAUACACCACAUCGCUGAGGUGAUUGAGAACACUAUUUCAAUAUUUACAUUGAUUUUGUCUAUUAAUGCCAUUGGCAACAGUGGCCUUAGCACACUCUGCGAGGCCUUAUCAACUAAUACAUCAGUAAAGACUCUCGAUUUCUCCAAGUGCUUCCUAUCUCUCAAUGAUCACAGAGCAAUCCCUCGACUACUGAACACAAACAGUACUCUUGAAAUCCUCAACUUGUCAAACAAUGUUAUUGGUAACACUGAACUGAAGAAUAUCUGUGAGGCCUUGUCAACUAAUACAUCAUUAAAGAGCCUGGACCUGGGCAGAUGCUCACUAACAGUAUCAGAUGACAAUGGAGCUGCCCUCUAUCAACUUCUGAAUACAAACAAUUCCCUUGAACAUCUUGAUUUGUCUUAUAACACAGUGACUAGCUGUCGUCACAUUGCUGCUGGACUUGCAGUCAAUAAGACUCUGAGAACAUUGCACUUGGGUUACUGUAAACUGACUGAUCAGAGUAUCGAGGAGCUAUCAACUGGACUGAUUAGCAAUACAGAAACACUGAACAUUAUGGGUAAUGACUCAAUAACAGAAGAUGGAAUGAAGAUACUUGCCAGACAUCUAACCACCCACUGCUCUGAACUAACACUAUUGGCGGUAUCCUAUCCCCUAAGAUCCUGUAUCGAGACUGUAUUCAGGGACGCUAACAAAGAGAGGAAGAGAAAUGGACUGACUCAGAUUGAUGCAUUCUAAUUUAAAGUUUUGACAAUAAUAAUUUUAUUCUGCCAUAAUGAUAUUCAAUGUGAUAAUUUGCGAUAGUGUAGUAAAAACAAAUUUAAGGUUUUUACAACUAUAGCGCAGUAAUAAUGAAAUGCGCUGUAAAUU